AUCAACAACAUUCACAUAUCAAACACUUGUUUCUGCAAAUUGCUUUGUAGGUUUGGAAGUGAAGCAACAUAACAUUCCCCAUCACUUCAAAAAUGAGCUGGCAUGCACAUAUCACUCGCUUGUUGCAUUUAUCUUGCUUCUUGCUUUCAUGUUCCGUUGUGUUUUGUCAACUGUCCAAAGACCAAGAUAUCACCUUGAUCACUCUCUCUAAGCUCCUUAACAACACUGCUUCACCAUGGGAUGCUACUAAGGAGCCAAACCCAUGUUCGUGGAUUGGAGUUAGAUGCAGUCCUGACAACACACGGGUAACCCAUCUUUUCCUAUCCGGCUUUGGUCUCUCCUCUUCUGAUUUUAUAUCUGUUAUUUGCAAGAUCGAGUCUCUGCAGUGGCUUGAUUUCUCGAACAACCGAUUGAGCUCAAUCCCAGAUGAGUUCAUCAAUGUUUGUGGACAGAUUUCUGAGUUGCAGACUUUGAGUUUUAGUCAUAACUCGCUAGUUGGUCCUUUGCCUACUUUUCAUGGUUUUGAAGGAUUAGAAACCUUGGAUUUGUCAUUUAACUCUAUGAGUGGUAAUAUUAGUUUACAGUUAGAUGGGUUUCGUUCACUCAAAAGCUUGAAUCUUAGUUCCAAUAAGUUUAAUGGGCAUGUUCCCAUAAACCUUGGGAAAUCCAUGAUGUUGGAAGAGCUUCAGCUUUCAGUGAAUUCUUUCCAGGGCUCCAUCCCGUCGGAAAUAGUGAGUUACCAGAAUUUGCACAGGAUUGAUCUGAGUGCCAAUCAGCUUUCGGGGUCUAUUCCUGAUGUACUUGGAAACCUAACCUUCUUGGAAGUUUUGGUUCUGUCUUCCAAUAAGUUAAGUGGGGAGAUCCCAACAAGCCUUUCAAAUAUUCAAACCCUGCAGCACUUCGCAGCAAAUGAAAACAAUUUCUAUGGUGGAGUUCCUUGUGGACUUACAAGGUUUCUGACGUAUUUAGAUCUUAGUUAUAACAGGUUAGCUGGGCUGAUACCACCGGACUUUCUGUCACAGCCGAAUGUGCAGACUUUGGAUUUGUCUUAUAACAUGUUGGAGGGUUCAAUCCCAGCAAAUGUAUCUCGAAACUUGGUUAUUCUAAAAUUGGGAAGCAAUAGAAUGAAUGGCUCAAUCCCUGUUUCAUUUGAAGCACUAACAAAUCUAACUCAUUUGGAGCUGGAAAACAAUAGUUUGACUGGUGUGAUACCUCCCCAAUUGAGUUCUUGUGAAAGCUUAGUGGUGUUGAACUUGGCACAGAAUAACCUGAUUGGUGCAAUACCAGCAGAAUUGGCUGGUCUUCAUUCACUUGAAGUCAUGAAACUCCAAUUAAACAAAUUGAGUGGUGAGAUCCCAAAGCAAAUUCCCCCUAGGUUAUCAACCCUGAAUAUCAGCUGGAAUUUGCUUACCGGUUCCAUACCUUCUUCAAUUACAGGCUUGGGCAACCUGGAUUAUUUGAAUUUGCAAGGUAACAAACUCAGCGGUUCAAUCCCUGGUAGAAUGCCUUCUCUGGUUGAACUACAACUUGGACAAAAUCAACUGAGUGGGACGAUUCCAAUGAUGCCAAUGAGGUUGCAGACUGUCUUAAAUCUCAGCAGCAACCUCUUUGAAGGACCUAUUCCAAGCGAUCUUUCCCAGCUGAUGGGUUUGAAAGUCUUGGACCUCUCAAACAACAAGUUCUCGGGCGAGAUUCCUGUUCUUUUUACUCAAAUGGCUACUUUGACAGAGUUGAUACUUUCCAACAAUCAGCUAUCUGGAGUCAUACCAGUAUUUCCACCACGGGUUUCGAUAAAAGUAACUGGAAAUGUUGGCCUAGUUGACACUACCGAGAAAUUGGCAAGAAAGAAAGGAAGAGUAAUUGGUGUGAGUUUUAUACUUGGAGCGGGAGCCUCCUUCCUUAUCUUUUUUCUUUUUUUCUUCUUGCUUUUGCUAGGUAAGCCAAAAAGAAACUGAACUCGAACAAUUUCUGUCGGGAGAUGACAAGAAAACGGGAGGGGAUCUGCUGUGUUUUGUUUUCCUGUGUAACAGAAGUUUGCAGUUUGCUUAUCAGUGUUUGUACAAUGUAGUUUUAAAAUAUAUUAAAAUAAUUCUUAUUUU